UGAAAUGAUGAGAUGAAAGGUGUCAACUUUUGACAAUAAGGCUAAAUCAUUGAAAAUAAGGAAUUUUCAUCAAACCUUAUCACUUUGCACGACCAUUAUUCUGAAAAACAGAGAGAAAAGAAAACCAAAAACCAUUUCUUGGCUGGUUUGAAGAAAUUCUAAGGAGAUCCAAGUGAAAGCAAAGCCAAAGAAGUAGAUUAAGCUUAGUUCUAGCCUUUUUAUGGAUAAGCACAUCAAUACCUAAGACAUCACUUGUUACACGGUGAAAUAUAUUGUGGACAAAAGAUAUAUAAUAACACAGAUGGAUCAUGAACAUGGUAUGGGGGCUACUGAAGGCUCUUGCAGCAAUAAAUAUGAACAAGAAAUGGCUCAACUUCGAGCGGUGGUGAAUAGACAGGCUGAACAAAUUGAGAAGUUGUUAGCAGAACAACGACAAAGGCAAGCACCAACACCACCUACUGAAACUCCAACACCUCCACAAGCUCCACCUGCAGUGCACCCCAUGGAACCAUUAUAUGAACGGUUCCGAAAACAACGCCCACCAGUAUUUGAAGGUAGCACUGACCCACUUGACGCACAAGACUGGAAGAGUUCUUUAGAAGACAUCUUUGAGUUCAUACAACUAAGUGACAGGGAAAAAGUUUCUUGUGCUGCACAUACACUUAAAAAGGAUGCUAAGAUCUGGUGGGAAGUGGUUAAGCAGACUAGAGAAGUGAAUCAGAUGACUUGGGCAGAAUUUGAACUGGUCUUCAAUGAGAAGUUUUAUAAUGAAGCUGUGUUGACUGCCAAAGUAAGUGAGUUCACUAGAUUGCAACAGGGGAAUCUAUCAGUGGCUGAGUACGCCAGGACAUUUGACCGGUUAGCCAAGUUUGCACCAGACUUGGUUAACACUGAAACUAGUAGAGUGAAUCGCUUCCUGGAGGGUCUACAACCAGAAUUGGCUAGAGAUGUAGAUAUGGGACGUACAGGGCCUCUUUCUUAUGCUCAGGCUGUGGAGAAAGCUUUGAGAGCUGAACAUAGAGAAGAAAAAAUAACAAAAGCUAAAGCUGCUACUAGCACGCCUCGUAGAGACACUCCAUUCAACAAAGAACAAAGCCGCUUUCACAAUGACAACAAAAGAGGGGCCCAGAAUUUCCAAUUUAGACAAGGACAGAAUAAGAAAUUUAAAGGAGGUCAGCAAAACAGGCAACCUGGAUUCCAACAAAUGCCACGAUGUCAAACUUGUGGAAAGAAUCAUUUCGGGGAGUGCAGGCUUCUAACUAAGAGCUGCUUCAAAUGUGGCAAGGGGGAUCAUUUUAUCAAAGAUUGUCCAUUGAUGAAGAACCAACAAAUGAAGGAUGAACCUCAGAGGACAAAUGCUAGGGUGUUCACGAUUACUCAGGCUGAUGCUGAUACCAACAACUCUGUUGUGUCAGGUGAUAUUUUUGCAUCUGGUAUUCUCACUCAUGCAUUAAUAGAUUCAGGUGCCACGCAUUCAUUUGCAUCAUUGACAUAUGUAAAAAGGUUGGGUGGAUCGUGUGAAAAAUUGUCAGAAGUUUUUAGUACAAUGUUACCAUCUGGAGAGAUUCUGUAUUCUACUCAUUGGUUAAGGGGGAGAUGGCCGAUUAUGAGGUGA